AUGCCGACUGCGGCGGAAUUAGCAAAAUACUUUCUCACAGAAACUACCGAAGGUGCCCAAGGGGCCAGCUUGGGCAUCUGUCGGACGGGACCCUGGGCCCACAGCGUCCCACGACCCCGCCCGCAACGUCCGAGGCGUGGCACUGGGAUCAGACUGGGACCCCGACAUUGCAAGCUGUUAGUCAAAUCUGUCCGCCGUUGGCGGUACUGGCGUCCCUCCUGGCGGGCAGCCAAACCAGGCGGCGCCAUUGGGCAGAGGCGUCCCGGAGACAUGGCCUCCGAGGCGCCCCACGUCUACCGGGCGAUCGACUGGCUGAGGAGCGGCGAUGAGGAGAAGGAGUACCAGGCGUCCCUGGCCCUGCGAUCCCUGGCGGGCCACCCGGCCAACAAGCCGAUGAUCAGGGAGGCCGGCGGGAUUCAGCAGCUGGUCGCCCUCCUGGACGGUGGCCCGCAUUCCGCGCUCACUGUAGUGGUGGCGGAGACCCUGUCCUGCCUGGUGGCGGACGACCCAGUGAACAGGGAGUUGUUGAGGCACUAUGGGGGAAUCGGCAAAUUUGUGCAGCUCCUGGACUAUGGGGCAGAGGCCGAAUGCACGCACAGAGCACUGCUGGCUCUGCGGAUCCUGACGGACAAGGAGGUGGACAGGCUGACGAUCCUUAAAAGCGGUGGUGUCCGGCCACUGGUUCGGCUGCUGGACUCCGGCCCAGAAUCGGAGAUCACAGAGUAUGCUGCUGCAGCUCUGGGAAACCUUGCAGCUGGUUCCCAGCCCAUAAAGGACGCAUUGCGAGAUGCUGGUGCGAUUCCUCCACUGGUGAAGCUGUUGCGCGAUGACCCAGAGCAGAUAUCAGCAGAGCUGGCAGCUGUCGUCUUGAGGAAUCUGUCUCUGCAGAAUCCUGCCAACAGGCAGGAGAUCGUGGACGCUGGAGGCCUUCAACCUCUGCUGCGAUUGCUGUCUUCCGGCCAGGAGAAGUUGCACUUCCCCCUCUCGUGUGUUGCUGAGUACCUUGAAAUUAAGAGUGCGACCCAGAUGAAGACAAAGUCUUCGGAUGGUCAAUGUUGCUUCGACCCCAUGCACGGGCACCUGUGCCUUGCAGUGGUGGAUCCAUCGAAGUUGGGAUGCUUUGGGCCAUCAGCGACUUGCAACCCAAGGGACAGGAAUGCUGAGAGGUAUUCUUUAUUGAGGAAAUUGACAAUUACGGAACCGGACAAUCACACGCUGGAGCUCAAUUUUACGGCACCAGAUAAGCAGGGUCCUGCACCCAUUGCCAACACCAACAGGUCCAAUAGACCCUCAACGAAACGCCUUCAGCGAAUUAUAUUGUCAUCCUGCAAUGCCACAGAGGUCAAGGGGGCAAUCAUGAGAAUGCUGACAAGGAUGCACUUGGAAAGGGAGUUCAAGAUGAACCACACAGCGAAUGUGCCCCUUACGGGGCGGCUGCCGCUGGAGGACUCGCUUGUUGACUCCAUGCCGUCAGGAAACCUGAGAAGUCCGGUGCCAAGACGCACUAUGCCGUCACGGGUCUGA